UGUUAUUGUAUUAUGCACAGUUGUAACUCUAUACAAGUUUGAAGUAAACCUGAAGUGUUUUUCACCAUGUUCUGCGGUGUGACAAUCAGAUGUCUAGCUUUAGCAACGAUAAUAUUGUGCCAUCAACAACAGCUGGUGGUGCUUUGUGAAUACAGUCAAGACGAACGGGUUAUCAUGCUGAAGGCGCUCCUCGACAAUUCAGCAUGGGGUGAGAUUGACGAUAUUGGAGCCCAAAACGAAGAAGAUUCGUUUACCGGUCUGGAUUUAUAUUUAACUACAGUCGACGCGUCCAACAUCGAUAAAACAUACCGCAGCACUAUUCAUAUGCUAGCAUGUGUAUGUACAAAUGCAGUGUUACAUUUCAUAACGUCGGUACAAAGCAUAACACAACAAUGCUAUCGUGUGAACUGGUUGAUGAAGAAAAGAUUAGUAGAGCGAAGGCGUUACCGCCGAAAAAAAGUAAAUGGCACAUACUCGUAUAAUGUUUCCAGAGAGAAGCAUUGUCCAAACUAUACAAAACAAUGGGAAUUAUUACACUUAGCAGUGCGUGAAAUCAAAAAGAGUACUUACAUGUUUAUUUGCAUAUAUGACGCGCUGGAUUAUCUUAUGAAUUUGGUACAGCUCGAAGAAAAUUAUUUAAAUUUGAACUGGGUUUUACAUAGCGUGGUAAGGUUGCAAGAUUUAGUACUGAAUAUAAACGACAGAUUACCAAAUUAUGAAGAGGGUUUCAAAAAUGCAGACGAUAGUUUUGUAGUUAAAUUAAAUGAAAAAUUAAACAAAUUUUUACAUAAUUUGGUAAGCUUGAAGUUGGUGCCAUUCACAAACGCCUACUGCAUAAUAAGAGAUAACGUUAAGGUAUAUGAACCCAAGCAAAGGUAUACGAUUAACAAUGACAUACCGGCUGUCAAAUUGAAAAUUAAAACAGUCAUGGAAAAGAUGGAAAGAAAAUACUCGGAAUUAGGUUUCAAGUACGUAAAACAAAUCCAAUUAAAUCACAACAAACCAGAAAAUAGUGAAGUGUGACAUUAACAUAACAU